CCACCGCUUCCGGGCCGUUUGCACCUCCCACCCCCGGCCACGCCACUGGUAGAAACCGGCUCGGGCAGGUGUGGGCUGUCUCCGGUUCCUCACGGCGCUUGCGGUUGAAUCCCCAUCAGGAGAUGAUGUUGAGCGGCAGGCUGGGCCCUGGUGCCUUGGCGGGACUGUGGGGGCUGCUGCUGUUGCUGAACCUGGGUUGCGCCGUGCGCGCCUCGGAGAUCACAUUUGAGUUGCCAGAUAACGCCAAGCAGUGCUUCUAUGAGGAGAUCAUGCAGGGCGUCAAGUGCACCCUGGAGUUCCAGGUGAUCACUGGAGGACACUAUGAUGUUGACUGUCGUUUAGAAGAUCCAGAUGGCAUUGUAUUAUACAAAGAGAUGAAGAAGCAGUAUGAUAGUUUUACUUUUACUGCAUCCAGAAAUGGAACAUACAAAUUUUGUUUCAGCAAUGAGUUUUCUACCUUCACACACAAAACUGUGUACUUCGACUUCCAGGUUGGAGAUGAUCCACCUCUGUUCCCUAGUGAAAACAGAGUCACUGCACUUACUCAGAUGGAAUCUGCAUGUGUUUCCAUUCAUGAAGCUUUAAAAUCUGUCAUUGAUCACCAGACUCACUUUCGGUUAAGAGAAGCCCAAGGCCGCAGCAGAGCUGAAGAUUUAAACACACGGGUGGCUUAUUGGUCAAUAGGAGAAGCCAUCAUUCUUCUUGUAGUUAGCAUUGGUCAAGUGUUUCUUCUCAAAAGUUUCUUCUCAGAUAAAAGAACCACCACAACCCGUGUUGGAUCAUAACUGAUGUUGAGAAAAUUCUUCAAAUCCACUGUUCUUUGUAAAAUAUGGUUCUUCAAGUAAUUUCUAGUUAUAGAACAUGGAGAACAUUUUAAAUAUCUUUAGCCAUCCCUCUCUACUUAAAGUUGAAAAACACAAGUUCCCCAAAAGCUGUGGAAAAGGGCAGCUUUUUAUUUGUAAUAUAUGGAUUUUCUCUUGUUUGUGUUUGCACAGAGAUUUAACUUAAGGUUGCUACAUUUUUUUAAAAAAGCUAAUGAGGCUACAUGUUGGGAGGAUAAUACUUUAAAAUAGUAUUUAGCAUGCUAAUGGGAGAUCAUCCAUAUGAAAAGUGGAUGGCAGUGUGAUUUCUCAAGCAAAAAGGUAUGGGGAUAAAAAACAAAUGCCAGUGUGAUUAAUUGUAGUCUCAGAUCCUAGUACUGCAUGUUUUGAUUUUUCUAUGAAAAUGCCAGUCACAUUUUUCUGUAAUUUCUUGUUUUACUGAACCAAAUUUAAGACUGAGGACCCUAGGGAAUUCAAUUCUCUGUACUUUGAAAAUGUUUAUCUGGUUGACUUACAUUUUUCUUUUAAAUAAAUGGGAAGAAUAUUUUGUAACUCUCAAAGUUGUUCAACUCUUUGAAUUUGUGAUGCUGCUGCUUUGAAGAACUGAAAUCUACAGGCUGAUCCACAAAUAUGCUGUUCCUGCUUGAAGUCAGUAGGACUCAGCUAAUGUGUAAGUGGACUGGGAUAAAUGAUUUGUGACUCCAAGCAAAAGCUUGCUAUCAGUAUAGUAUGUAGGUAGACCUAUGUUCUCUGGGACUAGGUUGGCAUAAGUGGAUUGAGGGUUAUAGCCUAAAAAAAUGUCUUAUUAAGCAACAUCUGUACAGCCACCAGGAAUGGUUGUAUAACAUCUGUGAGAGUUUUAUUCUCCUUUUGAAAAUUUUAAUAAUUGCUGGAAAUCUAGGUUUCAUGAGUGUAACAAACUAAUUUGUUGCUUUGUACCAACUGCUACUACUUUUAGGCUGUAGGGCUUCCUUGUGCGGUGGUUUAUGAAUUGUUUAUUUGGGUUUUCUUGUAUCAAUCACUGUUCUUGUUCAUGGCUAAUAUAUACUCAAAAGUUUUGUAAGUAUGUGAGAUCCCAUGCUGUACUGUAGUUACAAGCAAUCAAAGUAAAAUUAAUAUUACCACUCUUACGAUAAAACACAUCUAUUUGAAAGUAAGUCUCAGGGCCAAACUAGACAUGCUUGUUUUUAAAGAGUUGAAUCUUGGUGUUCCAAGACCAAAAAGCCAUUCUUUGCAGCCACUUUGAAAACACAAUUGUGUAGUUUGGCCCUAGCUGACUUCAAUAGAGGUUUUUUAAAGAAUAUAUAUUUUGGAUUACAGAAGGCAGUUUAUAUCAGAAAAAAACUUGACUUGUAAUAUUUGGAAACAUAUGGAUACCACUAAGGCUUUACAAUCACAAAAAUGCACUUUGCAUUGAAUUGUCCUACAAAGCUGCCUCACUCUAUUUUGCAAUUGUAGGUAAGAGAACAAUCCCAGAAAAAUUUGUUAUAUGCUUCCCUGUAUUGCAUUGCACUCUAUGAACCUGGACCAUUGUGUCAAAUUUAAAUGCUCGUGGUUGUAAGGAGUGUAGAGUAGAUUUUCUCUAGUAUUGAAUGGUUCCGCUUUGAAUCAUUGAUGAUGAAUCAGAAGAUUCUUGUUCUGCUUAGUUACUGAUUGUUAAAGCAUCCCUUUCAUUACACACACUCACUCUUGCAUUUGUGUGUGCUGUGAGAGGCUUUUAAAAGAAAAGAAAACCUAUAAAAUUGUGCAUUUUAGGGACAGGGAAAACUACAGUACUGUAAACAAUUAAAGCCCUGUAGAACUAAUUCAGUGUGUAAUAUUUGGCGAGAGGGGGGUGGCUGUUCCACUUGAGCUUGCAUAAAAUAAAUUUGACAGUACUUGUCCACUUCUUUUAUUUAGGUUUUAUUAUAUGCUAUCAGAUAUGCAGGUGUAGUUAUGAUAGAUCAUAAAAUCCAUUAUCGCUGGAAUCUAACUCAUGCAAUUUCCAUUUCUAGUACUGAGGAGUAGCACUACAUAAUAACCUAAGUGAAAAUAAAUGAAAGUUGAUGUGGUAGCAGUAAUGAUUAGGAGAUUUGGCCAUAAAGACAAAAGAUCUUGUGAAAGCAUAUCUGUUUGGAUUAAAGGUAAAAACUACUUGUAAGUAGACCACCUGGGGGAAUUCAACAACAUCCAGAGUUGAUGAGUUCCUGAUUAAUUAGUCAAUUACUCACAUAGAUACUAGGUGGAGUCAUACAACCAAAGGCCAUGCAGUAGCCAGUUAAAACUAAUCACGCUGUGCCCGUGAAAACAUGAGAGGUGGUUUUCUGUGGACUCUAAUGAAGCAGUAAAAGCUCAUCAACUGUUCAGCUUCCCUGGUUUUCCAAUCAGUAAAGUGGUUACCAGCUACAUUGUUAGAGUCUACAUAUGACUCCCUCAUGUAGUUACAAGUACUGAGUGGUUACCUUGUGGCUCCUAAUUAUCUUAAUUAACUGUUGAACUGUGUGUGAGCUUUCUUUUGUGAUUUUUCCAUUCUACUAAAUGUGUAUAGAGCUACCUAAUUUGGUGGUUCUGCUGUCAUGGGCUAGUGGCACUAGCUUUUUAGCACCAGCUCUUGGGUUGUGUUCCACCCAUCUUUCUGUGCAGCACAUUUUUUUUAAUGUCCUUCAUGUUUUACACAAAUUCCAAGGCACAUGACUGAGUAGUUAGAUGUUAAUAUGCACAGAGUAAAAUUGAUACAAAAAGUGGGAUUUAAAACGCUGUAAAAAAUCAACAAUUGUUCAGAUAAAAACGGAGGGGGGGGCAUAUCUGUGACUGAAAAAAUAACCACAACAAAAGAUGCCAGAGGGUUUUUUGCUUUAUGUCUACAUGUGUUUAAUGAUGUGAAAUAUGUGUCCUAAUACUUUGCAAGCUUUUUGUUUCUUAUUUGACGCUAAAUUGGCCCUGUGAACAUUAUACAGGAUAAUAAAAUUAAUAUAAGGUU